UUGAGGCUGGUCUGUGAGGGUUUUGCAGUGUCUCUCUCACACACACACGUGAUGGCAGGCACGGUGGUGGCCGAGAAGACAGAGGCGGAGCUUCGGAAAGAGAUCGACGAACUCCGCCGCCAACAGCGGGAGAUCACGGAGCGGCUACGAGAUCCCAGGGGCAUUCGCCGCGGUGGAUUAACGAGCGCCGGACCGCGCAAUUUCGCCGCCAAUGGCAGCCGUCGGCGUGGCAUUGUUCGGCCUGCGGAGAGGAAUGAUGCUGACGACCAGCCUCCAGCAAAAAGGCGACUCUCUUCAGCUGUUGUGAAGGUCGAGGAGGGGGAGAUAAUCGAGGAAGGUUCUGAAAUUGCGACGGCGGUGGAAGAGAAAGAAGUAGCAUUUGAUGCAGGAGAGGCUGUAAAUACCAAUGGAAGCCAGGGUGAGAGUAAGCAGUCUAAUUGGUCUAAGAGGGAUGGUGAUCAGCGGGUGACUAAAAUGGACUUUGAUAUCCCUCCUGCUGAGCACGUGCCGAGGGUGUUGCCUAAGGAUGAGGACCCUAGUCUGGUGAGUAGGAAUAAAAGGAUGCUUGGCCAGCUUCUUGGCACGUUAGAGAGGUUCAGGAAAGAGGACGUGCAACGAUCAGGCACGGAGGCAUACAUGAGGAGAUCUGAUUCUCUGAAAAGGGCUGAGCAACGUGCACGUGAAGAGAGUGAAAAACUGAGGCUACAAGAACGUGAACAGAUUGCAGAAAAACGGAAAAGAGAUUUGAUUCUAAGAGCACGAAUAGCUGCAAAAGCACAGGAAAAGAACAUGGAAUUGCUGUUUCUUCGGUGGAGUGAGCACCACAAAAAACUUGGAAAUUUCAUAAGGACUAAGGCUGAACCUCCGAUCUAUUACUCGUUUUCCAAACCUCUGGAUCAAGAUGCAACUUCAACUGAGCAGCAGAAGGAAAAGAUGUUUCAAGAGUGGAAAUCUGCUAGGAGAGAGGAACUGUCGCAAUAUCAGAAACAGAUUUUGGAGCAGCAUCUCGGAAAUGUGGACAAGGAACUGGAAAGGUGGCAAAACGGGAGGAAAGGUAGAAGACCGAAUAAUACUGUGGCUAACUUACAGGAGACAAUGGACAAAGAGCUGGAGACCCAUCAGCUCGAGCAUGGUCCCAAGACUAGAAUAAUUCCUGGCCAAAGUAAUAACGAAGAUGAAGAUGAUGUGGAAGAUAUAAAUGUUGCCGAGGAUGAUAUGAUGGAUGAUGUGCUGGGUGUUGAUGAUAACGGACGAAGGGCUGAUGAAACAGAAAAACUAGAAACAGGUAAUAGUCCGCCUGUAGAAAAGAAGGAAGAGUAGAUAUCUAGAAAAGAAGGAAGAGUAGGUAUCCUCGCCGAAUUUUCUGCUUGCUUUCAUUUUGUUUUCGUAUUUUGCCUUCGGUGUUUUAUGUUAUUAGGAUGUUAGGUCAGUUAUAAUCUGGUGCUUAGGAUCCAGUUUCUUUAUCUACAUUGCUUCAUCCAUGAAACUUAGAAUUAAAAGGUAAUUGUACUGAAUCUCUAGAUUUCAUUUUCUGCAUUAGAGUUUUCUAUAGGUAUUUGCAUUUGCAUCA